ACAAAAUGACAACAAAACUGCCUAUAUCAUCUGUUCCAAGAAAAAAAAAAUUAAACGACACAUAAAAAUUGUCUAUGGUUCACGGCUGCUGACGGAUCAUGUUUUGAAGUGGGCAAAAAUUGAAUGUGUUAUUUUUGUGAUGAGUGUUCGUGUUAAUUGUAAGAAUGCCAAUACAGGCGCCGCAGUGGACGGACUACCUCAACUGUCCGGUGUGCUGCCGCGAGUUCGGCGCGCCUCCCCGUAGCCCCAUCAGCCUCGGCUGCGGGCACACCCUGUGCAGGCAUUGCCUCAAGCACCUGCACAGGAAACAAUGCCCUUUCGACCAGACUGUGAUCCAGGUGGAAGCGGAGGAGUUGGUGGUAAACACGGCGCUGCUCCAACUAGCGGGGUACACGCCGCCAGCGCAGCCCUACCACCCGCCGUGCAUCCAGGCGCUGCCGGACCACGACCGGCAGGCCUACGACGCGAUCGUGCGGUGCCUGGAGCACCUGGCCGUCUUCCUCAAGUACUGCGGGAAUGGUGAGUGA